AUGCUGUAUGAAUCUUCUGGUCUCAAAUCCUUUCCGGCGUCUAUCCUGCAAAACUGGCAAGAUCAUAUUAAGAACAUUUCCAAGCUCACGGACCAAGAUCCAUACGCCGAAACAUCAGCCGUCUGCGUACAGGACCUUGAUGACUUCAAUCUUGAAGGCGUCGACGACGUCCUGGUCCCCGUGCUCACGGACUCAGAUCCACUCCCUGACUUGCAGCAGCGUCGCUUGAGAGUGGGGCAAAACCCGACGGGCGCUUCAAUAACCUUACUCGUGUGCGAGAUCAUCCCCCUAAAUGAGAAACAACGCAUCGCCGUGGAAAGGGUACUGGCCGAAGUACUCAUCUGCGCCAAUCAUCCGUAUGAUUCUUCGCAGCGGAAACAAACCCUCCUCUACGUAGGAGGUGAAGGUGGAGUGGGCAAGAGCCAGAUAAUCAAAGCGAUUGUCGCCGCGAUGGAUCUGAUCCGCCGCAAGAACGAGAUCAUCCUGAUGGCCCCAACAGGCGCAGCGGCCGAUGUCAUUGGAGGAAGCACAUAUCAUACAUCCCUUGGGAUUUCUUUAAACCGGUAUCGACGAACCGGAGUGGGACCAAGGGUCCGCAGGCUAUGGUCGCGAAAAACAAUUAUGAUCAUAGACGAGGUAAGCAUGGUGGAUCUCUCCGCACUCAGCAUUAUCAACACCCACUGCAAGAUCGCGCGAUACCUUGAUAGAUCCUCUCCAGACCUCUUCGGUGGUCUGCCCAUGGUUAUUCUCAUGGGAGAUUUUUACCGAUUACCGCCAGUCCAGGGCCAAACCUUGUGGAAACUCCCAAGGAAUGAAACCGAUCAGGACGGAAAACUUAUCUGA